AUGGCCAACAGCGACGCCCAGCUCGAGUCGCGCAUCGCCACGUUCGAUCCAGCCCUCAAGCUCUUCAUCGCUAUCGCCGCAAAAGUCUCGACCCUCCACGCCCUCUCGGGCCGCUACUCUCAGCGCCUCACCCUCGCCGACCUGUCGCCCUCGCCCUCGCGCCCUUCCUCUCCCACCCGCAACCACGACCGCGACCGCGGCCGCGACACGGCCUCGGCGCAGCGCGCACUCGACGCCGAGCAGACUCGCGUCCAGCACCUCCUGCGUGCGACCGUCGCCGACGCGACCGCGUGGCUCGUCGUCGUGUGUGCCCACCUCGGCGUCGACAUGGCGCAGCUGCCCGACGCGCCCGACGAGCACACGCGCCUCGUCGACGCGCUCGACGUCGGCGGCGGCGCUGCGGGGCGGGAGGACGAGAGUGAGGAGGAGCGGGGCAGGAGGCGCGAGCAGCGCGAGUGGGAGGUUGUGUACGAGCUCGUACUCGUCAGCCUCGGCCUCGUCGGCGCAGGGCAGCAGGCCGCCGAGCCGGACAAGGACGCCAAGGCGACAAAGGUCGGCGCCGCAUCGCUCGUCGGCGGUCUGUUUGGCUCGUCGUCCUCGUCCUCGUCCUCGUCGUCCCCGUCGGCCAAGUCGAGCGCGCCCAGGGAGCCGUCAAAGCCCCCACCGCUCAACUACACGGCCCUGUCACGCGCCCUCGUCGUCUCGACCGCCGACGUCCUCGGCAUCUCGUCGCACGUCGUCGCCGACGUCGAGCGCGCCAUCAGCCAGACCCUCUUCUUCCAGUUCCAGCAGCAGUCGGACGCCGACCAGCGCAAGGUCGACGACCCGACGGGCUCGAGCGGCGGUGUUGGCGGCGGUGGGAGAGGGUGGGACGAUGCGGCGAGGGAGUACCGCGACAAGGCGGCCAAGAAGGGCAACGCGCUCAAGUGGGCCGCGACGGGCGCCGGCGUCGUCCUCGGCGGCGUCGCCAUCGGCCUCACGGGCGGCCUCGCCGCGCCGGCCAUCGCCGCCGGGCUCGGCACGUUCGGCAUCAGUGCCUUCUCGGGCGCGGGCGGCGCCGUCCUCAUCGGGACGCUGCUCGGGCUCGGCGGCGGCGGGCUUGCUGGGUACCGCACGCACCGCCGCAUGAAGGGCCUCGACGAGGUCAGCUUCGAGCCGAUCAAGGACGACGGCCAUGAGGACGUGCCGCAGAUCCCGUCGCUCACGGCCACCAUUGUCGCGUCGGGCUUCCUCCUCGACCUCAAGGACUCGGUCGACCCGUGGCGGCCGUUCGUGCGCUCGUCCAAAGUCGACGCCUACGCGCUCAAGGCCGACCCGCUCACCUUCCUCGAAGCGGGCCGGUCCCUCGACAGCUUCAUCAAGAACCGCCUGAUCCAGAUGGGCGGCACCGAGCUCGUCAAGCGCACGGCGCUCGCGGCCGUGUACGCCGGCGUCGCCCUGCCGCUCACCGUCUUCAAGAGCGCGACGACGGCGUUCGACAGCGAGUUUACCCAGUGCAAGGACAAGGCGCGCAAGGCCGGCGUGCUCCUCGCCGAGAUCCUCGAGAAGGAGGUCCAGGGCAAGCGGCCCGUCGUCCUCAUCGGCUACGGCCCGGGCGCGUCCCUCAUCCUCUCGUGCCUGCAGCACCUGCACGCGCUCGAGCUCGGCCACCUCGUGUACGACGCCGUCCUCGUGUCGCUGCCCGACUCGCCGAGCGCCGUCGCGUGGGCCGAGGCGCGCAGCGUCGUCGCCCACGAGCUCGUCAACGCGUACUCGGCCAACGACUGGGUCCUCGGCAUCGCGGCGAGGCUGUACACGCUCAGUACGCGCAUCGCUGGCCUGCGCCCCGUCCAAGUCGAGGGCGUCACCGACAUCAACAUCUCGGACCUGCUCGGCGCGCACAUGGACCUGCGCACGGCGCUGCCGCGCAUCCUCGAGCGGUGCGGCGACAAGAGGGGGGAGCAACCCGUGCUGGGGAGUGUCGGCGGCGGCGGCGGUGGGGCGGCGGGUGCGGGUGCGAGCAAGGUGGCGGGGCAGGGGGAGCAGGACGGAGCCGAGGCGGCGAGGGACGUGGCGGAGAAGGGGCUGAGGGACCUUGCGCUCGGCGAGGGAGGGGCCGACGAGCGCGACGCGAGGGACGAGGCGGAGCGGCUCGGGAGAGAGGUCGAGCGCGAGGCGAGGAGGUAGAGUGCGAGGAGGAGUGCGCAUAGAGCUCGACCCGC